CUGAAACGAAAGUGAAACUAAGCUGGAGGGAGUGAUAACACUAUUUACAUCGACUUGCCUGUCAUUUUCUUACUAUUCAGAGAGUGUUAGGAUGGAUGGAUAUCCUUAUCCGAUCGUUGUGGUGGGAGACUGGAAUCGUGAACAUGCAAAAACUUUAAAAAAUAAACUCCAGAUUUACUUUCAAAGUAAGAAGAAAUCUCAGGGAGGAGACUGCGUUGUAGAAAUCGAUCAAAACAGCAGCACUGCUACAGUUCGGUUUAAAUCAUUGGACAUUCGAGAUGAUGUCCUCUCCAAAACGGAUCAUGUGAUUACAUUUGACAAAGACCAUGUGAAUUUAAAAGUGAGCAAAAGUGAUGCACCGAAAGAACCUGACAGAACCCCACAGCUGGAGCAGGCAUCUGGAUGUCAAGAACCUAUACAAAGUGCCCUUCCAACUGGAAGUGAUCCAGAUGUGAAGAACCAGCAAGAGUCAUAUGCUGUAGUUUUGGAGAAUGUGGCAGAUGACUUCACACAAGAUGUUUUGUCUCUUUUGGUGGAGAAUGUCAGUGGACUCUUGGAAAAGGACUUUAGCAUGGAACUAAUACCAGAAUUAAAGACAGCAGUUGUGACCUUUAACAUCCCCAGUGUUGCAGGAAAGUUUUUUGAGGAAAGUAAAACACACAGAAAAUUCAAGGAAUAUGGACUGCAAGCCCGUGCCCUGGAGAGGAGCACAUGUAUAAGGGUGGAAAAUCUUCCAUCUGACAUCAAUAAGAUGCUGCUGGAGUUGUAUUUAGAAAAUAGGGGUGGUCCGGUAGAAGAAAUCAUCACAUUGCCAAUGGAGCAAGCGGCCAUUAUAACAUUUAAGAAUGAAGAAGACACGGAAAAGGUAUUGAAGAAAACGCAUAUCAUCCGUGAUGUUCCAGUCAAGAUCUACCCCUACUAUAAAUCCCUAGGAACAGCCUUGUAUGGCAGCAACAGACCAACAUGGAAACUACCUGAACCAUUUAAAGUCGAUAUACAUCCUGCCAUCAGGGAGUUCCUUUCCAAAAAUAAGCUAAUUUCCUCUAUUAGUGAUAAGAUGAGCUCACAGUUCUGCCAAAUAAACUUAGACAAACCUGAAGUUCUGCUCAGUCCUGAUCCAGCAUUGCUAAAACAGAAAGGUUUAACCAGAAAACAUGUUGAUGGUUGGAGAAAGAAUGCCUCAGAAGCCUUUGAAAGCAUUAUAUCCAACUAUAAAGCAUUUGAGUUGCCAGUAUUGUACCUCUUGUGGACCAAAGUGGAGACUGAUAUAAAGGAAAUGGUGAAAGAUCUGGUUUUUACAGAUAUUGAUGCAUCUAAAGGGGUCCUAACAGUGGCAGGUUUGGCUCAUGAUGUAAAUGACCUGAGACCACGCCUGGAGAAAAUGUUAGAGCGAGCAUCAGCUCAAAUGGAGAGAGAGAAGAAUAGUGUAACAGAAGACAUGGAGAUGACACCUGGCAUGUACUCCCUGCUUCUACAAGAUGGUCUGCAAACCGCUACAGCUGCUUCUCCACAACUGCGCCUUGAUUACAACAAGAAAAUGAACAAAUUACAUCUAUCAGGUGUUCAAACUGAAAUACUCAUCUUCAAGUAUUGGGUCCUUGAGAAGAAAUUAAAUAUGAAACAGAUGCCUUUAAAGAUUGACCGCUCAUUAGUGGAGUUUUUGAGAUCGGUGGAUUGUGAUGAGAUGUCCAAAGACCUGUUUGUGUCUCAUGGAAUAAGUGCUGUCUACAUGGAAGAAAAUGGAGAUCUUGUUUUGAUUGGAAGCACAGACCGAGCACUUUCCGAGGCGCAGGAGAGGUUGAAUGUGGUUCUUCAAAAUAAAGAUGUCAUUGUAGAAGAUCAGGGUGUGCUUGCAUUACCACAGUGGCAUGAUCUCUUUAAACAACUGCAAAGAUUGUACAGCACAUCCAAAAAGAGCACAGUGUUGAUAAACACAACGCAAAGAGACAGAAUAAUAUUAUCUGGAUUUAAAGAACCAGUGAUGGAGAUCAGCCAGACAUUAGGAGACUUCAUUGAGAAACACACUAGAAUUGAAGAUGCUGUCCGUGUGAAGUCACAUGCAGUGGUUGAAUUCAUUAAAGAGAGAAAAUCACAGGACUGGAAACAUUUUCUUAAGUCUGAUAAAGUGACGGUGCAUUACGAUUUAAAGAGACUCCGGAUCAAAGUCUCUGGACAGCGAAUGUUUGUCCAGCCAGCUAUGACCUUUUUUAAAAAGAUGUCAGAUGAUCUCUACACUGACACACUGACCAUUAAAAAGGCAGGAGCAAAGAAAUACUUCAAGGAGGAAGGUCAAUUAAUGCUGUCAAUGUUACUGAAGGAAAGUGGAUUUGUGGUUGUACUCCAGGAAGAUCACAUGCUGGAAGAGGAGGAGGAGGAUUAUAAUAAAGGUAGUUUUGAAGAUUUUUUGGGAUCCUGUGAGGUUCGGAUGCCAAGUGGAGUUACCGUUAUAGUCAGAAAGGCAGACUUUUGCACACUAAAAGUUGAUGCUGUGGUGAAUGCAGCUAAUGAAGAUCUGCAGCACAUUGGUGGAUUAGCCCUGGCACUUCUUCAAGCUGCUGGACCAGAUCUGCAGGACUGUUGUAACAGGUACAUUAAAAUGAAUGGACGUUUGAGGCCUGGAGAUGCCAUCAUCACUGAGGCUGGUCGUCUUCCCUGUAAAUAUGUAGUGCAUGCUGUUGGACCUCGAUAUAAUAGUUCAGACAGACCUGGUGUAGUGCAACGUCUCAGAAGUGCUGUGAGGGAAAGUUUAAAGCAGGCUUCAAGCAAACACUGCUCUUCCAUUGCAAUUCCUGUUAUCAGCUCAGGGAUAUUUGGCUGUCCACUGGAACUAUGCACAGAAACAAUUGCCAGGGAGGUCUGGGAAUUCAUCGAAAAUCAAAACCGUAGUGGUUUGUGGCACAAACUUACUGAGAUUUACUUGGUUGAUAAUAAUGACAGAACUGUGAAUGCAAUGACUCAAGCCGUCAGGAAGCACUUUGCUGAUUUCAGCCCCAAAAUGAAUGUCCUCCACCACAGUAAGCCCAGUGUCCAUUACAGCUCUGGAGACGGGUCAGGAAGUGGUCAUGGCAAUAGAAACUUUGAAAGACAAGCACAAUGGAAAGAAGAAAUCAUCUCUUUUGAUGGCAGAUCAGAAUCGUUUGAUGUGUCAAGUGUCCUUUAUACCAAAACUACACAAGGUGGACUAAAACUCAUUCUGAGCAAAGGGAACAUCCAGGAUGCAAAGACUGAUGUCAUUGUAAACACUAUAUCAGAAGACCUGGACCUCAGUAAAGGUGCCAUUUCCAAGGCGAUCCUUCAGGCUGCGGGUCAUCAACUCCAAAAAGAGGUCACAACAGCUGUUCAUGCAAGCAGGCUGAAUUAUGGAGAGAUGGUCAUCACAGAUGGGUAUAACCUGAAAUGUGCAAAAGUCUUCCAUGUAGUUUGCCCAUAUUGGAGAGGUUCAGAAGACAGGGUACUCGGUCAGAUAAUUAGAGAUUGUCUGAAAAAAGCAGAAACUCUGCAGAUGACUUCAGUCUCAUUCCCAGCUAUUGGUACUGGAGCCCUUGGCUUUCCUAAGGAUCUGGUGGCCAGGAUCAUACUAAGCGAAGUCCAGGAAUUCACCCCUCAAAACCUCCGAGAAAUAACUGUGAUUGUGCAUCCCUCUGACAAACAAAGUUUAGAUUGCUUUACCAGUACAUUCAGACAUGGGAUUCAGAGUCCCAUCACAAAAGGAGCACAUCAACACUUAAUCCCUAAAGUAAAACCUUUUGACAAGUCAACACAGAUGUCUGGGCUCCUUGGCAAAGUCUCCACUCCCUCUCAUGGGGUGAUCACUAUGCAAGUGGGUCAAGUGACUCUGGAGGUUUCAUCAGGAGACAUAACUAAAGAAAAAACAGAUGCCAUUGUCAACUCCUCAAAUCAGACAUUUUCUUUGAAAACAGGAGUAUCAAAGGCAAUUUUAGAUGCUGCUGGAUUACAAGUGGAACAGGAAUGUUUACAGAUUGCUGCAACAAAUAAGCAGCAAACAGAGAUUGUGACCUCAGCUGGCCAGCUCCAAUGUGGAAACAUUAUCCAUAUUAUUGGACGUAAUAAACCAUCUGAAAUAAAAGAUGUUGUGUUAUCUGUUCUUAAGAUAUGUGACGCAAAACAACUGUCCUCUGUAGCCUUCCCCGCUCUUGGCACAGGUCAGGGUGGAGCAAACCCAGAUGUUGUUGCAGAUGCAAUGGUUGAUGCUGUAGUUGAAUUUGUGAAGAAAAAGAAAACGGCAAAUGUGAAGCUUGUGAAGUUCCUCAUAUUUCAGACGAACAUGGUGGCAGACUUCAAACAAAGCAUGCUCAAACGAUCGGGUGAAAAAGUGGAGGAGGAAAAAGGCUUUGUAGACAAGCUUAAAAGUGAGUACACGAAAGAAACUUUUGGGUGGGGCAAUUCAGAAUCUACCAGAAAUGAAGAGUUUGUAAUAGUGGUUGAGGACAUUGAACCAGCCGUGUUCCAGCUGUGUGGAGAGACACCAAAGGACUUAAAUAAAGCCAGGGACAUGAUCAACAGCUUGAUAAAAAGAGAAUAUCUAAACAUUGCAAUCUGUGAUCCGGCCAUUGGUCAUUUCACCAAAGAGGAUGCAGAAAUGCUGAACGCAAUGCAGAGAGAGCUCACAGUAAGCAUCAAGCUUGAGAGAAAAGACCAAGACCCUGUCAUCAGAUUGGAGGGACUGACGAGAGAUGUUCACACUGCUGAGAGUCGCAUUCAGGGCAUGAUCCGUAAGAUGGAACGGAAUGAAAACAGAAGACGUGAAGCAUUUAUGGUCAACAGCUUGGUUGAGUGGAAAUAUCUGACAAGUGGGCAGAACCUGAAAAGCUUUGACAUUUUCACCAAUUAUGAGCUGGAAAAUGCAUUUCAGAGCAAAAACACUUCUGUGAAAAUCAAAAUUGAUAAUGAAGAAUACAUGGUCGAUUUAGUUCGUCAACAGGCCACAAGAGGGAGUAAGCAGAUUGAAUUACAAAGAGUAGAUCUGACAGAACGUCAACAAGCUUUGCCUUCAAACUGGGAUGACAUGAAGGGAAAGUCAGUUGUUUUGGUAAAUCUCACAGCAACUUCAAUUGAAUAUGCAGAUGUGGAGAAAGAGUUCAGGAGAACUGGCUUGACCUUUAACAUAAUUCAAAUUGAAAGAGUACAAAACAGCACACUUUGGAAAAACUACAUGAUCAAAAAGGAAGAACUGGAAGCAAAGAACAACCAUAAAAACAACGAGAAGCUCCUCUUCCAUGGCACUGGUCCUGAUAAGAUUGAUCACAUUAACCAUCAUGGCUUUAAUCGAAGCUUCGCUGGGACAAAUGGAGCCAUGUAUGGGAAUGGUACAUAUUUUGCUGUGGACCCAAGUUACUCAGCCCAAGGCUACUCUAAACCUGACGCCAGUGGACACAAACGCAUGUACCUGGCCAGGGUGCUUGUUGGCGACUUUACUCAAGGAAAAGCAGGCAUUGUCGUUCCUCCUGCAAAGAGCUCCAACAGUGCUGAUCUCUAUAACAGUGUGACCGAUGACACAAACAACCCUACCAUGUUUGUCAUAUUCAAUGACGUACAGGCUUACCCAGAAUACCUUAUUACAUUCCAGUAGAGUUGCUAAUUAGAUAAAUACGUGUUAUGAUAUGUUUUGGAAAAUAAUAACAAUGAGGCUGUGGCAAAUGUGUGACAAAAUAUUUUUUAUUACUUUGCUGAAAUAUAAUCCUGAGAAAAACUGACUAUUGUUUCAAAUAAUAUUGUGCUCUCUCGGUGUGAGUAGUAGAUCGGGCAAUCUGCUAAAAUAUAUUUUGUGCUUAAUGAAAGAGAGUCAUACAGGUUUGGAAUGAUUUUACAGUAGGAUCGGAAAAUGACAACAGAUUUUUAAUUUAUAGGUGAACUAUACCUUUUAGAUAUUUUGAAAUAUUGAGUAUAUAACAUUAAGAAGGUUUGCUGCAGAGAAUGAAAAUGGGGUUAAAUGAAAAUUAAUAUAGAACACUACUGAUAUACUGUGUUGACAUGACAUUCUUUCAUAUAUCCUUUCAGACAUUACACAAUAUAUUUGCAUGUUCUGCACAAUUAUUGCCUUAAUUCCUAGGUGAAAUGUUAAAUUAAGGGCUGAUCAA